AUGUUGCCAGACAAACGUCAAAGUUGUCCCAGUCCUCAGCUGGAGUGGCUGAACGACCUCAAGUAUGCGGUCGAGUUAGAGACAAUGUCAGUCCUGUUCGCCAAGUCAGUAUCAGAAGCGUGGGGUUGUACGAAAUUGUUUAUAGGGUAAGUGGGCGUCAAAGGUAAACGUUACCAUUCAGACAAACAAAAGAAUCACAAAACGAAAACAGAAGGUCACGAUGUAUAGCCAGACUGGUGCCAUCGGAUAAGGUAGAACAAGACAACAACUACAAGUCUUUGGUGUCGGUACCUUCAACUUCAUGUGAAAGCUUAGCUAUAGCUGAUAAUAAAAUAGACAAUACUACUCAACAACCACUCUUUGCCAACUCUUUUCCUAACGAAGCGCUUACUAAUGCUAGGGUAAGAUAAGGUGGUUAGGAUACAAUAAUAUAAUUAGUUUAAAAAAAAAAGUAUUUUAGGACAGUAUCCGAAUGCCAUUGAUGCGACGUCGCAAAAAGAAGCCGGCUGUCUACAGACAUUCGAUUAGAGUCAACGAUAGCCCGGACAACAGAAUCUCAAUUAUCACAUCAAGGUAACCUACAAUAACAUUGUUUUACGCUAGUUUAGAGCCGCGCCAGCUGUUCCAAAGCUUGUGACAUCGAUGAAGAACUUAAAGUCGGCGUCAAGCUCCAACAUCUCGAACGUGUCUGCAGAUUCUGGUCAAUGUUCUGGCAAUUCAGGGCUACACGAUCAACAAAUAUCGUGUACUGAAGCUAACAGUGCCAUGAUAUCAUCUACCUCCUCCAUCUUCUCUAAAGAACACUUACCUAUGUAUCCCAGAAUCGCUAGUGAGUUCAUAAAUUCUAAUUUUUGAACUUUACUGGAAUACCAACAUAUAAAAUUAGGUCCCACCACGAAAACGCAAUCAGAAACUUUUUUAUAUUUUUCGAAAAUUAAGUUUGUAAAAUAACAAAUUUCAAGAAAGUAUUAUCCACAAUGUAAAAAUAAUCGUAUUUUCAAGGCUCCAUCGACCACGUACUCAGAAUAGCCAGUACCGUGCUUACGCUACUGGACGCCGACCUCACGGACCCCAAACUGAAGAGAGAACUCAUUCAGAAGACCAAGGUGUACAUCGAGAUCACGCAACAAUCUCAGUGUGGGCCUUUUCUUCAGGAUGACGACUACGAACCAGUAUUGUCGCUUUUGAAUGGACUAGACCAGAAGGGAUUCCCAGUACAGUUCAACGACAUUCCAGAAUACUUUGGCAUUUACGUGAGGAAGAUGAUCGAACAAAGUAUGGCAGUGUUCGUGAGGGUGAUAGCCAUAUACCUGAAAGAUUGUGUGAACAGAGACAGACUUCUGAUCAUUGCUUUAGAACACCUUAUCCAUCUGCUUCUCUUCGGCGAUGACAUUUCUCUGGAGGCCAUCAAAGUGAGUUUUAUUCCAAAAUUUUAUUGAUUCAGCAAGAUGUACAGCUUAAAAGCGACUGAUUAAAACAGUAUUUUAUUUUUUCCAUAUUUUUCCGUCCUGAAGAACGUUAUUUUUAAUUUAGGUAACAAAAAAUAUUUGUAAAUUUGCUAUAAAUAGAUAGCAAAACAUUGCAUUCAAACGAAUGUAAAGGUCAAUAUGAUUUUGAUUCAAGUCACGUCACUUUUAAUAUAAAACUCUGAAUUUAGCACAAAACAAUAGAACGUUUGUUAUCGUUCUGUCGUUUGUCUUCCACCCCAAACGACACUCUUCGACUACUAUUAAGAGCUGUGGCAGUGUUAUGUGGAGUUACCAAAGGAUGUGUACAGCUAAUGUCUGUAAGUAAUAGUUCGAAGUGAUAAAAUGUUCAAAAACAUCACAAGGUUAAUUUGUUUAUAUGCGACACACUUUCAACUUUCUUAAGAUCUCUUAAACCUCUAAUAUGAAUUCUAACCUGCCUAACUUAUAUUACUUUAGUUUGGUGGCCUAAACACUGUGGUCGACAUACUCUGUAACAGCCCAACUUCUUGUGCAGUAGAAGCUGCUGGCAUUCUGACUCAGCUCACAAAUGCCAAUCGGCCGUUCAUCAAACCUCAAAACUUUGGAGUUACUGUGGUAUCAAGGUUGCUGGAGUUGCUGGAUGAAAGUGUCACUUCAGAGUCCGUACUAUUGUGUACUGCAGCUAUCGCCAAUCUAUCUUUAAGUGAUCAUAUAACCGAGUUGUUGUACCAGAAGAAUGCUGUCAUACGAUUAGUGAGAGCAGCCGAACGUCCUAACUGUGCCAGUGCUUUUGUGUACGAACAGGUAAGUCAACCGUUUUCAGUUAAAAGUUGUCCAUCACAAUAUAAAACUAAAUAAUCAAAUCAACAUUCAAUGUUCAGACAGCAGCCAUUUUCUCUCGACUAGCUAGUUGUGGCUACGACCAGGUGUUAGUUGCUCAAAAAGCGGUGCCAUUACUGUUACAAAUGCUGACAGUACCACCAACUCACCGAGCAGAGUACCAUCGAAGAGUACGGUACAAAGCUAUCGUAUGUUUGACUACAUUAGCUUCUACCGGCAUCGGACUGAAGAAUAUACAUUUGCACAAUGGGCUACAGAAGCUGACUGAAGUUCUGAAGUCAGAAAAAGACGCAAAAUCAGCACCAUUUGCACUACUUUGCCAUGGUAUUAAGAAUCAGUUAGAGAGCACGUAUAGUAAAGUAAACGAGAGGUAA